AUGAGGCUAAAUCGUCAACUUGAACCAGUUCAUCAAAAAUUUAUUUCAGAUUGUGCUGGUGCUAAUAUCGGGCCAUCUUUAACUUUCAAGCUGCUGACUGAAUUGAUGGGCGGUUAUGAGUCUGUUGGGUGUACUGUGUUGGACAUUUGCAACUAUACACGGGAUAUCAGAAGAUACGCUGAAGGAUGUGACGCCCAAAUGAUAAUAGAUGAGUUGAAGAAGAAAAAGGAAAAUUGUGAUGCCUUCACGUACGAGUAUGAAGUUGAUUCCCGGAGUCGUUUGAUUCAUUUGUUUUGGUGUGAUCCUAUUGCCAAGAUGAAUUUCUUGCAAUUUGGUGACAUCGUUUCAUUCGAUACUACGUACUCAACUAACAGUAAGGACAACCAUGGCCGUGCAGUGUCCUUUGGAGCUGGUUUGCUUUGUAGUGAGAGCGCGGAUUCGUUCUCUUGGCUUUUUAAGCAGUUUGUGAAAUGCAAGGGCAUACAUCCCAAGUUGAUAAUUACUGAUCAAGACUUGGGCAUGAAAGUAGCUGUUGAAAAAGUUCUUGUGAAUACACGUCACAGAUGGUGUAUGUGGCACAUCAUGGCAAAGGUAGCUGAAAAGGUUCCUAAGUCACUUCUUGGAAAUACUAAUUUUAAAAAGGAUUUGAAUUUAUGCGUUUGGUCUGAGUUGAUUGAACCCACUGAGUUUGAAGACAAGUGGAAGAAUGUGAUGGAGACUUAUGAUCUUGUUGGCUCUGAAUGGUUUGUUUCUAUGUUCGAAUCAAGAAGGUAUUGGGUUCCAGCCUACUUUAGGGACUUUCCAAAUAGUUCGUUGAUAAAGACGACAUCUGUUUCGGAGUCGCAGAAUAGCUUUUUCAAGAGGUACACUCAGUCCAGGGCGAACCUUGUUGUUUUUUUAAUGAAUUUCAAUAAUGCAGUUGAUGCCCAAAGAAACUACUCUGCAAAGCUGGAUUAUAUGGAUUAUAAUACCACUGCAAAGAUGAAGACAGAAUGGUCUAGUGAGAAGCAUGCAUCCACAAUAUUUACUGAUGGUGCGUUCAAGGAAAUUCAAGAACAGAUUAUGGAGGCUUAUAACCACUGCAGUCUGGUAUCGAUAUCUAAUGAUUCAAGUCCAGAGAUGUUUUCGAGGACUGCUCUUGUAUGCUACCACAUCUUCCUUGUGUUGAAGAACAAAAAAUUCCCAUUGAUUCCUGAGUAUCUGAUUGGAGGUCGAUGGUUGAAAUCUUCUCUGCUUAAAGCUGUUCAUGGAGUCCAAAACUCAGAUGUAGCAACGCAUGUUUAUGUUGAUGAGAAGAAGAAGGCUCAAGCAAUUUUAUUGGGAGAGAUGUUGGGUCUUUACCAGGCGGUGUCUGUUGAUAUUGAUCAAAUCCAUGAGCUGACAUCGAUAGUGCAUGAAGCUCGACAACAAAUUUUUGCCGACGGGGUUGUAACGUCUACUGCACAGAAGAAGAAAAUAAUGGAGGAAUUUUAUGGGGCUGAGACACCCCAGGAAGUGGAUGUACAACCACCUGAAGUCGUCAGCACCAAGGGAUGUGGUAGUAGACUCCCUUCAAGAGUCGAGAAGGCUUUGAAGCUUAAGAACAAGCUUAUGCGUCAAUGCAAGAAAUGUCAGGAGUGGGGUCACCACGAUUCAAGGAAUUGCGACAAAUUUAAAGAGAAAGAAAAGAUGCGGUCCAGAAGAAAUUCUGAUGUUUGA